AUGGCUGCCAGAACCCUCAGGAUCGGCCUUAUUCCCGGCGAUGGCAUCGGCAAGGAGGUCAUCCCCGCCGGCCGCCGGCUGCUCGAGGCCCUGCCCGCCUCGCUGGGCCUCAAGUUCUCCUUUGUCGACCUGGACGCCGGCUUCGAGACGUUUGAGAGGACGGGCACGGCGCUGCCGCAGCGGACCGUCGACACGCUGAAGGCCGAGUGCGACGGCGCGCUGUUCGGCGCCGUGCAGUCGCCGUCCAAGGCCGUCAAGGGCUACUCGUCGCCCAUCGUGGCCCUGCGCAAGAAGCUCGACCUGUACGCCAACGUGCGGCCCGUCAAGGGCGUCGCCACCAGCCUCUUCAGCCAGCCCGCCGUCGACAUGGUCAUCGUGCGCGAGAACACCGAGGACCUCUACGUCAAGGAGGAGACCACCACCCAGGGCGGCCCCGGCGGCCGCCCCGUCGCCGAGGCCAUCAAGCGCAUCUCGGGCCGCGCCUCGUACCGCAUCGCCGCCAUGGCCGGCCAGAUCGCCCAGCGCCGCCAGAAGAUGCGCGACGCGGGCGCCUCCAGCAUCCACACCUCCCCGCUCGUCACCGUCGUCCACAAGUCCAACGUCCUCUCCCAGACCGACGGCCUCUUCCGCACCACCGCCCGCGAGGCCCUGGCCGAGACCACGCCCGCAAUCCGCGUCGAGGAGCAGAUCGUCGACUCCAUGGCCCUCAAGCUGGUCCAGCAGCCCGAGUACUACGACGUCAUCGUCGCCCCCAACCUGUACGGCGACAUCCUGUCCGACCAGGGCGCGGGCCUGCUCGGCUCUCUCGGCCUGAUCCCCAGCGCAAACGUCGGCGAGGGCUUCGCCAUCGGCGAGCCCGUCCACGGCAGCGCCCCGGACAUUGUCGGCCAGAACAAGGCGAACCCCAUCGCCACCCUGCGCAGCGUCGGCGUCAUGCUCGAGUUCAUGGACCUCGAGCAGGCCGCCGCCAGCAUCUACGCAGCCGUCGACGCCACCCUCGCCGCUGGAAUCGUCACCCCUGACCUGGGCGGCAAGAACACCACCACCGAGGUUCUCGAGGACGUCCUGAAGCGUCUGUAA